AAUUCUAAAAUAAUUGAACAACCAGGAGUACAAAUUAUUAAAUCUGCAUUCAAAGAACGAAUAAUAACAUACAGAUUAUCUAUGGAGGAGAUGAUCGUAAAUGUUAAAAAUUACUUUAUAAAAUUGGAACAAAAGAUUCUUCGUAUAUUUGAGGAUCAAUUAAGAAAACAUACAUGCAUUAAAAUUAAUAUGGAGCUUUUUGGCUAUUAUUAUAAUCCAAGUACUGAUAAUCAUGAUGUAAAAUCAUUCAACACUCCAUUUAAAGUAAUUUGUAACAGCAGUGCAAUAAAGGAUUUGAUAGAAGAAUUUGCAACAGUUAUUGACAAUAAGGCAGAUGAGUUUGCAGAAAAAGAUUCGGGAUGGAUCUUACUUAAUUUUAUUCAUUUGGAAAUUAACAUCAAUAAAUUCAACCCUUUGAGAGCAUCAUCAUUUAUUGAACUACCUCCUGAAAUAGUACGACGUCAAGCUGUAGUUAACAUAAGAAAUAACGAUGACUACUGCUUUGCUUGGUCUAUCAUGGCAGCUCUUCAUACUCCAACAGGUGUUGACUUUGUUACAUCAUCAUACCCUCAUUAUUCAACGGUUUUGAACACUGCAGGUAUUGAUUUUCCAAUAUCAUUAAAAGACAUCAAGAAAUUUGAAAAUCAAAACAAUAUUUCUAUUAAUGUAUACGGUUUAGAAAAAUAUUAUAAUAAAAUUUCUAAAAAUGAAGAAUAUGAAGUAAUUGGUCCUCUACAUUUCACAAAUGCUAAAAAAAAUAUUCAUGUUAAUUUAUUAUUGAUAAACGAUGAUGAUGGAAAUCUUCAUUAUUGCUACAUUUCCGAUCUUUCGAAAUUAAUUUCUAAACAACUUAGUAAACACAAUGGUAGAAAAUAUUUAUGUGAAGGAUGUUUGCAAUAUUUUGACACAGAACAAAAAUUACAAUACCAUAAUAGUUAUGAUUGUGAUCAUGUUAAAAUUAAUUUACCUUCUAAAGAACUACUUAAAGAUAAAUGUGGAAAUGUAGCAUAUGAAAAUAUAUUAAAAUUUAUAAAUUAUCAAAAACAAAUGGAAGUUCCUUUUGUGAUUUAUGCAGACUUUGAAUGUAUUUUAAAACCUUUAAAUAAUAAUGAAAAUGUAGAAGAUCCAAAUAGUUCAUAUACUGUAAAAAAAUUUGAACAUAUUCCAUACUCUUUUGCAUAUUAUAUCAAAUGUUCAUUUGAUGAUGCAUAUUCUAAGUUUGAAAAAUAUAGAGGUUUGGAUAGCGAAAAAGUUUUUAUAAAUUCUCUAGAACAAGAUGCGUUAAAUUUAUAUCACACAUUUUUAAAGACUCCUAAGAAAAUGAAUACUCUAACAGAAUUAGAACAAACUACACAUAACAAUGCUAAAAACUGUCAUAUUUGUGAUAAGCCACUUUUAGGGGAUAAAGUUGCCAAUCAUUGUCACAUUACGGGCAACUAUAGAGGACCAGCUCAUUCUUUGUGUAAUAUAAACUAUAAAAUUCCUAAUUUUAUUCCAGUUAUAAUGCACACCUUAGCAGAUACUUUGAUAGAUGAACAAUGUAAAGAAAUAAAAAAGAUUUUCGAAGAUGAGGAACAAUUUAAACUUCUUCGUCAAAAAGGUGUAUUUCCAUAUAUUUAUAUUGACAGUUUUGAAAAAUUAGAGGAAACUGCUUUACCUAAAAAAGAUCAGUUUUUUAACAGUUUAACAGAUGAACAUAUUACUGACGAGGAAUACCAAAGACCUCUUAAAGUUUGGGAUCUUUUCGAAUGUGAAAAUUCUUUUAUUCUGGAAGUGACAACAGAAAAUGUUUACCAUGAUAUGAAUAGAAAUAUUCAUAAAUUUGACACUUCCAAUUAUGUACCUAAUAAUAUGCAUAAUAUGUCAAUAACACAAUCAGUGGUUGGCAAAUUUAAGGAUGAAUAUGCUGGUAAACCGAUUGUAGCUUUCUAUGGUACCGGAGCAAAAGCUUACUGUGUAAAAACCGAAAAUGGUUUAAUAAAGAAAGCCAAAGGUUUUGUUGAAUCAAAUUUUGAUAGAAAAGGAUUAUUUGCCUCUGAUUUCCGUGUUAUGCAUGAACUUACUCCACCACGAACGCUAUUUUUAAAAAAAUGUAUCAUAUCUGGAUCUAUCAGUAAUUCCAGUUCUAUGCCUGUAUAA